AUGCUAGUGCACAGGAGACGUGGAUGGAAUUCAAAGUGCCACUCCAUCCCAGUGCCGCAUCCUGCUGCUCUUCGUAUACCAGGGAUUGCUCAACCCCUACCUCAAAAAUGGUUUGUAGACACGGCGACUUACGGCCAUUCGAAACAAAAUGUGCUUUACACGAUCUAUCCUAACCUUGCGGUGACUCGAGAAGUGAUUUCAAUGGAGAAAAAUUUCGACUUCAGCUAUGCGGGUGAGUUUGUUCUUCUUCCUGCGCUUCAUUCGGACUCAAUUUUCAUCAAUCAUCUCGCCGAACAAGCACCGAUUUCUUGCGACCAACAUGCAGCUCAUCGUGCGCAUACUCCACCUAUUCGGGACAACGAGGGGAUGGAUCCACCCCUUCAAAGUCUACCGGGAAACGAGAGCGAGUCUAACCAGUGCGAUUUUGUCACUAAUCAAAUGGCUAACUUACAGGGAUCAAACGGCAAUUUCAUGGAGAGCUUGCGUGUGCGUCAAAAUUCGCGAAGAUCACAGAGUUGUAGUGAAGGUGCCGUGGAGGCCAGUGCUCAGAUGCUUGACGAUUUGCUGACCAUUCAGAGACAACCAAUUACUGGUAUAAAUGGCCAUUCUCAACGACCCGCUGCUAUGAUCGUUGCUCCGCCAUUCGAAGACGCUUUUCCAAGGACUCCAAUGCAAGCCACUACAACUUCAAGGACUCCAAUGCAAGCAACCUCAAGGAUUCCAAUGCGAGUGACUCCAAGGCCUAUCUUUCAGACAUGUCAUAUCGACGAGACGAGACCACAAAAUGUGCCGGUGCGAAAAGUCAGACCGCUCUCAAUUCUUCCAAGUUUGAUGCAAAUGCCAGUUCGAGGACCAAGGAUUCCAACUAUUGCUUUUUCACCAGUCUUUCGUCAGCCUCAUCCACCAAUAACUGACCCUUUUCAAAAUCAAAAUGGAGCGCCAAAGUUCAAUGGUCCCGUGGAGGUAUGUAGCUAUUGUCGAUCAUCGGGUCAGCGUUACUACUACGGUCACACGAAGAAGAAUUGCCCCAAGUAUUGUCCCGCCAACAAAAUGAUGCUAAAUUUGAAGCGCAGCGAGGAAGAGCAUCGGCAGUUUAUGCGCGACAUCAAAAAGGGCCGUGAGAUCGAU